AUGGAUGAUCGUCCAAGUCCAAGCCCAAGUGCAAUUCAGUACAAUCUUGCACCCGACUCAGUGAGCCCCCAUGAGCGUGAUCGCAGCCAGACGCCGCCACUUGACGAGGACUCUGCCGAGCCAUCGAAUCAGUACAAUGGCAAUGGUGACAAACAUAUCACCAUGACCACUCCUUCGCCCGAGCGCUAUCGCCCAUCGUUGCCAGACAGAUUUUCUGCGAGAGAACAAUCUUCUCGUAGCAUAAGCGAGGCCGUUAGACUUGCCAUGUCCCGCGAAGAACAUCAACAACUUCUCGACGACGAUGGCGAGGCUGCAGAUGACGAUGGAUGUUAUCCUCCUCGAAAAGACAGUAUACCUUGGCAACCCAAUCCUCAUAGGCAGUUACCGGUCUAUACUACCAUCCAUCGGAUAAGGAGACUCGUGAUUGCAUGCAUUGGUACUUUGCCCUCAACGUGUAGCAUCCAGCACGUUACUAAAAAGUUGNUAGAUGAUCCUUACAGUCUCGAUCAGCUCAAGAGUCCCCGUAUGAACACUGCUGUUGUACGACCUCUGCUUGACCAUCUUUACGAUCCAGACGAUGUCUCAAUUGUUUGGUGUCUUUUGGUCAACCGAGUACAAUUUUUGCGUCAACAAUCGUUCCAAGCGCAUCACCAAACUGUUAACGUGACUCGGGCCAAUCUGUGCGAGGUUCUGGCCAGUCGAAUCUUGCGCCGCUUCGAUGAGGACCACAGCGGCCGCGAAGGACUUCUUACACUUGCCAACGUCUUGGUAUCUGGCUUCGAACCGUUUCAGAAUGCUCCUCCCUCUGUUGACAGAGGCAGAGGACCUCGAUCUCCACUCGCUGAAGGCUGGUUCACCUCAGGUCGUGAACGAGUCUUGACAGCGCUCGAGGUGGCUAUCAUCUCUGAGUCGAAGAGCUUCCUGGCAGCAUCUGCUUGCCAAAAGAUUGUCGAUGCUGUCUAUAGAGGCCGUAUUAUCUACACGCCGACCGCAUUCAUCGACAUUCUGCCAGACCGUUACAAGAACCGCCGGAUCUCUCUUUACGACCCUCGCAAGGCACCGAUUCUCAAUCAAUAUCGUCUCAUUGUUCCUCGCAACCGCAAGGUCAUCGAGAUUACACAGUUCCUUGUGCUGUUCGGCUUGUAUCUGCUGACGAUGUUCAAUAAGGCCAAGGAGAUAGGACCCGGCCAUCUGCACUUCACGACGGUAGAGCUUAUCUUUUGUAUCUACGGCAGUGGCUGGGUACUUGAAGAACUCGCAUCUGUCCUGGAGCAUGGGUGGUCUGUCCACACUGAGAACUUGUGGGCCUUCAUGGACAUAGCCUUCUCAUUGAUCUAUUUGGCUUACUUUGGAAUCCGCAUGCAUGGUUUGAGGAUCAAUUCUGGACCCGUUGGCAAACAAGCGCUCGACAUCCUCUCCCUUGGAGCACCAAUCCUGAUGCCAAGACUUGCAUUCUGUCUCAUGCCUGAGAACAUGCUGUUCAUCGCAUUGCGAACCAUGAUGGGAGAUUUCACCUUCCUUACAAUGGUCACUGUCUGGUGCUUCGGCGGUUUUCUGCUUGCCAUGCGCUGGCUCAGCGAGAGUCAAGAGGGCUAUGCUUCCCACAGUUUCCUGGUUAUUUCCAAAUGGAUGUUGUGGAUCUGGUUUGGUCUUGAUGGCACCGGCAUCACUAAAUCUGUUGAAUUCCACAGCUGGUUGGGACCAACGCUCAUGGUGCUUUUCGCUUUCAUUGGUAACACACUCUUCCUGACUAUCUUGGUGUCAAUGCUCAGUAACACCUACUCCAACCUCGCAAAGAACGCCACAGCCGAGAUCCAGUUCAGGCGAGCGGUCUUGACUUUCGAAGGUGUCAAAUCAGACACCCUUUUCGCUUUCCGCCCUCCCUUCAACGUUGCUGCAUUGGCCAUCCUCCUCCCUAUUAAGUUCCUCACCACACCCCGCUGGUUCCACAAAGUAAACGUCACAGCGGUACGCGUACUCAAUGCACCCCUCUUACUCGCAAUUGCCCUCUACGAACGCAAAUACCUCUGGCAACGCAGCUCCAAAUUCGGACCACGACGCCGACACGCCUUCCUCGAUUUCUGGGAGAGCUUUGGAGCACACGCUGACUUGGCAAAUGUGUUUGACGAGGAGCCGCCACAGAGUGUGUUGGAUGAGAUGGAUGAUAUCGAUGAUGUGUUUGGAAAUGACGUUUGGGCUAAUGGGUAUUUGAAUACUAUUAGGCAGAGGAGAGGUAGUAGGCAGAUCAGCGAGACUAGUUCUGCGUAUCCGGUGUUUAGGAAUAGGAGAUCGAGAGGUGAUAGCAUACUCCCUGCUGAGACUUGGUAG